GCAUGUUCUCUGCGUGGACGCAUGGGUGCAACCAGCCCCUGUGCAUUGGUGUGUGUGUGUGUGUGUCACUGCGAGCACGAGCACUUAAGCGACGCGGCGCCUCGGCAUGGUCGGGGACUUCCUGUCCUCUCGAUCGAGAGCGCGCCACGGAACCACAGGUCGCCCACGUGACGCCACGUGGGUCCUCACGGCGAGGCUGUUCCGGUUCGCUUUCACAACGGCGUUGCGCAAACUCUUUGCAUGAAAGGGCAAAAAGAGGAAGAGGAAGGACAGGAGGAAGUGCCGCAAACGUAUGCGGGGAUGGACACGCCGGAUGAGAACAGCAGUCCAGCCGUCGUCACGAACGGUGCUUAUCCGGUACUCUGCACUGAGGAAGUACUUCUUCCUUUCAUCACUGAUGCGAGUCGGCAGGCUGCCAUGGACUCCAUCGGCGUCCCCUCGGCCCUCCCAGAGCUCAGGCUGGUCCUCCUGGGCCGGAAAGGAGUCGGGAAGAGCGCGGCAGGCAACACCAUCCUGGGAGGAGGGGGCUGCUUCGAGAGCGGGAAGCCCACGGAGGAGUGCGUGAAGAGGAGAGCCGACGUGGCGAGCCGGAGAGUCACCGUGGUGGACACGCCGGGUUGGGAGUGGUACUACCCGCUCAACAGCACCCCCAACUGGGUGAGGAGAGAGACCCUGCGGAGCGUGUCGCUCUGCCCGCCGGGACCCCACGCCGUGCUGCUGGUGGUGCGGUCCCGCUCCUCCAUAACGGAGGACUACAUCGGUGAGAUCGAGGAGCACCUGGAGCCACUGGGCAAAGCGGUUUGGGAGCACACCAUGCUGCUGUUCACCAGGGGAGACGAGCUGGGCCUGGUGUCCAUGGAGCAGCGGAUCUCCGGGAGCGGCCCGGGACUCCAGAGACUCCUGCGGAGGUGCGGGAACAGAUACCACGUUGUGAAUAACCGCAUCAAAGGGGACGGGACUCAGGUCAGAGAGCUGAUAGGCAAGCUGGAGGAGAUGGUGAAGGGGAUGAAGGAGGCAAGCAGCCACUUGGAGAUGGAGAGCGCGGUGCUGGUGGGUCUGGAAGACGACGGAAAGAGAAGAGCGAGGGAGAGGAGGAAGAAACAGAGGCAGAUGGAGGCGCAGAUGCAAAGAGGAACCAUCAGAGCAGCGCUGAUGAUCGACGGUCUCCAGGGCUCCGAGUUGGACGCCCACCAGUCCUUCUCCAAGGCUCCGCGGCGGUUACCCGAGGUCAGACUGGUCCUGCUGGGCGAGCGCGAGACCGGGAAGAGCUCCGCGGGAAACGCCGUCCUGGGCGGCGCGGCCCUCUUCCGGGCCGGGGCGGUGACGGAGGAGUGCGAGCGGCGGCAGGCGGAGGUCGGCCCGCGGCUGGUGACGGUGGUGGACACCCCGGGCUGGGAAGGCGGCGCGGGGGGCGCCACAGCGGAGAGGGUGAAGAGGGAGAUCGUCGGCAGCGUGGCGCUGUGUCCCCCGGGGCCCCACGCGCUGCUGCUGACCCUCAGGCUGGAUACGCUGGUCGUGGCCGCGCACGUGAGGGAACACCUGGAGCUUCUGGGCGCCGGCGCGUGGAGACACGCCGUACUGUUGUUCACGCACGGGGACCAGCUCCGAGAGGGGGUGGACAUCGAGCAGCACCUCCAGGGCGGCGGGACGGACCUCAGGUGGCUGCUGGAGAAGUGCAGGGGCCGCUACCACGUCAUAAGCGGCGCGGACGGAGGGGGGAGCGAGGCGACGCGGCUCCUGCAGAAGGUGGAAAAGAUGGCGGCGAUGAACAGGUGCGAGGCUUUCUCCGGCCUCGUCCACGAGGUCCGGGACCUGAGCCGCAACAGGAACGAGAAGUUCAACCAGCGCCUGAAGGACAUGGGAGAUAAAAUGCUCCGUCAGGAGGACGAGCUGAGAAAUAUGAGGGAGCGGGAAGUGAAGCGAAUGCGGUGGUUUUUCGACAAGAAGAAAAAGGUGAAGUCGCCGGGAAAGGCCGACGUUCAAAGGGAAGAGGAGGAGGAGGAGGAGGACAGGAUGCUGGGGGAGAGGAGGAAUGACAUUGGGGAUCUAGAGGAGAGGAUGCGAUGGCUGACGGAGGACAAAGAGAGAGAGAUUCAGGAUGUCAGCAUCGAAAAUGAGAGAAUGCGUGCGGCAUUAAACCAGAGUCAAGGAGAAAGGCACAAGGCGAUGCUCAAUCUGGAGCAGAAAGAGAGAGAGAUUGAGGAACUGAAAGAAAGAAUUGACGAGCAGCAACUGAAGCUGCUCGACCUCGAGCGUGCCGUCGUAGAAAAGGAACACGAGAGAAAAGAGCGGGACGAUGCCAUUAAAGGGGAGAAGCGGGAGUGGAUGGGUGAGGUUAAGAAAUUGGAAGGAAACAUAGAGCAGCAGAAAAAAGAGAAAGCAGAGUGGAUAGAAAGAGCGGCUUUGUUAAGAGCAGAAACGGACGAGACUCAGCGACGCCACGAGGAUAUUCUCGAGAGAAAAGAAGAAGAAAAAAACAGGAAAGUGGCAGAGAUGGAAAUAAAACUACUUCAAAAAGACAAAGAGCGAGAAGAAAUGAGGGCAAACGUUGAAGAAAUUCAAUUACAACACCAUCGAGAGAUAGAGAGAAAAAUGCAAGAGACAGACACAGAGAUACAAGGAAUAAAGCUGCUACAUCGGGAAGAGAUGGACAGAAAAAUCUAUGAAAUAGAAAAGAUUGUGGAGACGUUGAAAGUUAAACACCAAGAGGAAAUUGAUAAAACACUUAAAGACAAUAAAGAAGGUAUAGAAAGAGUCAAACAACAGCAUGAAAAUGCAAUGAAGGAAAAACUUAGAGAGAGUGCUGAGCUGAAAAAGAAGUUUGCAGAGGAAACAGAGAAACAAAUGAAAGCAAAACAAAGUGAGAUAGCAGAGUUAGAGAAAAGGUACAGAGUCCAAACAGGAAGUAUGAUGCUGGAGAAUGAAAAAGAGAAGGAAACGAUUCAUGCUAAUUACAAAAAAGACAUGGCAAAGAAGAUGCAAGAGAGAGAAAAAGAGCUGGAUGUAUUAAAACUGCAUCACCAGGAAGAAGUAGCAAGAAAAACAAAAGAGAUGGAAGAUCUAAUAGAGACGAUGAGCUCUGUUCACCGAGAAGAAAUAGACAGAACCGUGAAAGAGAAGGAGGAAGAUGUGGAAAGACUCCAACAACAGUAUGGUGAUAAAAUAAGGGACAUGGAGCAAGAAAGACAAAGAGAGAUUCAUGAGCUCAAACAACAGUUUGCAGAAGAAACUGAGAGACAAAGGAACGCGAAAAAGAGUGAGAUAGAAGAGUUAGAGCAAAGGUACCGUGUCCAAACAGGAAGUAAAAUGCUGGAGAAUGAGAAAGAGAAGGAAACGAUUCAUGCUUAUUACAAAAAAGACAUGGCAGAGAAGAUGCAAGAGAGAGAAAAAGAGCUGGAUGUAUUAAAACUGCAUCACCAGGAGGAACUAGCAAGAAAAACAAAAGAGAUGGAAGAUCUAAUAGAGACGAUGAGCUCUGUUCACCGAGAAGAAAUAGACAGAACCGUGAAAGAGAAGGAGGAAGAUGUGGAAAGACUCCAAAAACAGUACGGAGAUAAAAUAAGGGACAUGGAGCAAGAAAGACAAAGAGAGAUUCAUGAGCUCAAACAACAGUUCGCAGAAGAAACUGAGAGACAAAUGAACGCAAAAAAGAGUGAGAUAGAAGAGUUAGAGCAAAAGCACAAGGCCCAAACAGAAGAAACGGUGCGACAAAAUGAAAAAGAGAAGCAAGUGAUGAACCAAAAUCACCAGCGACACAUUCUGCUAAAGCUGCAGGAGCGAGACGGACUAACGGAGGAGUUAAAGCGACGCCACGCGAAUGAAAUCAAAGGCAUUGUGCAAGAAAGUGAGCGGCAGAAGGAGGAGCUCGUUGAGAAUCACAAGAAAGUGACGGAGCAAAACAAAAGAGAAACAGGGGAGCUGACACGCGCCGUGAGGGAAAUGAAGGAAAGGCUGCGACAACAGCAGGAGAAAGAAAUGGAUCGUUUAAACUUCCAGCGGGACACGGAGCAAAGGCUGGAGGAGAGGGAAAGAGAAACAGAAGCACUCAAAGAACAUUCGAGAGAACUUGAGCAACACCUGCGGCAGACGGAGGAGGAAAGAGAAAGAAGCCGCGUAAAUCACAAGAAACAGACGGAGCAAAGACUCCAGGAACAAGAACGAGCGAUAGAAGGACUGAACCGGCACGUAGAGGACCUUCACGGAAUCCUGCGGAGGAAGGACGAAGAGAGAGAAGAAAUGAUCCUGGGGCAAAAGCGGGAGGCGGAGCGGACGGAGGAGGCGAAGCUGCAGCUCCUAAACGACUCGGAGAGAAAAGUGAGGGAGAAGGAGGACGAGCUGAGGCGGCGGGGCGAAGAAAGCCAGAGAGAGGCGGCCCAGCUGAGGCUCACCAUCGACCGGACCAGGUCCGAGCUGAGGGAGCUCACGGGCAGGAUGGAGAGGGAGAUGACCAGCGCCAUCCGAGGGUACGAGGAGGAGAUCGCGAGGGGGAGGAGGAGGGCCGAGGAGCUGCGGGAGCGGAACCAGGAGAUGAGCGAGCAGCUGAGGAGGGAGCGGGAAGAGGGAGCCAGAAGGCGUCAGGAGCACGAGGAGCAGGCGGAGCGCAGAGAAGCAGAGGCGCGGCGGGUGGAGGAGGAGAAGGAGGAGAUGGAGGCAGAAAGGCAGAGGAAGGAAACGGAGGAGCACGCCCGGAAACACAGCGAGCUCCGUGCGAAGGAGGAAGAGUUCUCCGAAAGGGAAACCAGAGCAGGAGAAAGGGAGCAGCUCCUCGACGCCAGAGACGCGCUGCUGGUGGAAAAGGAGCUAAAGCUGGAAAGUAAGGAAGAGGAACUCUGCAAAUGGGAAGCGAGUCUCGUGGAGCAGCGAAAGCAGCUGGAGGACGUAGAGGAGAAGGAAAGGGAGCUGGAGAGCUUGCUCGGAGCCCUGGAGGGCCGACAGAGAGAGCUGAACCACCACGGGCAAGACCUCCAGGAGAAGGCGAAAGGGCUCCGAGACCAGGGGAAGGAGCUGAAGGACCGCGAGCACCACCUGAGGGACGAGGAGCGGGGGCUCCUCGGCUGGAAGUCGCAGCUGCAGACGCAGGGCGAGCGCGUCAGCUCCACCACGCGGCAGCUGGACCAGAUGGGGAGGGACCUGGCUCUGCUGAAGGAGGAGCUCCGCGUCAAGGAGAGCAACCUGAAGGCGUCGCUCCAGAGACUGGGCCGGUGGGAGCGCGACCUGAGCGAGCGGGAGGAGGCGCUGCGCCGCGGAGACGGGGGGGGCUCUCUCGCCCAGGGGUCAGAGGGCGGCUCGAUGUACCGAGAGGUCGGCGAAAAGAGGAGAGAGAAGCAAACCGGAGGAGGAGAGUCGCAAAGGGAGGAGCAGAGGGCCGAAACGGGACACAACGGUCACCUGGAAACACUAAUGGAGACGGAGGCGGCUGAGGGAGGAGCAGAGGAGACGAGGAGCCAGGAGGCCAGGGAGGAACGGGGAACCUCAGAGGUCCCUCCGGACGCCGCGCUGUUACCGGCGAGAGGCCCGGGCCCCGCGGGGUCUCACCUGAGGGUGUUGGUGCUGGGGGAGGCCUGGUCGCCUCGCUCCGCCGCCGCAGUAACCGCCCUGUGGGGGGGCGAGUCCGCGCCACAGGGCGCGUCCGGCUUCAGGCCCUGGAGGGGCGAGGUCGCCGGGCGCCGGCUCGCCGUCGCCGAGCCGCUGGGCCUGAGGUGGCGAGACGGGCCGGACCCGGCCGCCGGCGCCGCGCACAGGGCGAGCAUCCUGGAGGGCGCCGCCUGGUGCCGCCCGGGGCCGCAGGUGGUCCUCCUGCUGAUGCCGGCCCUCCUGACGUGCACGCAGGGGUACAGGAGGGCGGCGGAGGAGCACGUGGGCGUGUUGGGGGAAGGCGCGUGGCGGCGCGCGCUGGUGCUGCUCACCUGGGGGGAAACGCUGGGGGAGAGCGCGGAGCAGCACCUCCUGAGGGGCGGCGAGCUGGCGGCGCUGGUGGGGAGAUGCGGGGGCCGCUACCACGUGCUGAGCAACAAGAGGAGCAGCUCCUCCGUGGAGGAGCUGUUGGAGAAGAUGGAGGAGGUGGCGGAGGAGAACCGCGCAGGACUGUGAUGGCGCUGUAGGAAUUUAGCGCAUUUUGUGUGAAUCGUUUUUAAUAAAUUUGAAAUGUGUUAAAAAGAAAUACCCGAUUUGUUAUUUGCUGUUUUUCAAAUCAACAAAUGUCUCAGUUUAGGUUUUGAUUAAUGGGAUAGAAGGGCAACAAAAGGUUUAAUCACAAACUAUAAGCUGUACUUUAAAGACGGGUCAUGUGUAAAUCUUAUCUGAAAAAUAACCAGCUGACAAGAAAUGAAUGUUGAUGAACGAAGAGUACAGCAAUUUCCUCUGAAAUGUAGUUGAAGAAUAAAGCUAAAAAAAAUUAAGUUAAAAGUAGUGUUUCAAAACUGUACUUCAGUAAAGUACAUGAUUCUGCUUUGUGAAUUAUUCAUAUGAAUGACUUAUUCAGUGCUUAAAAUAAAGGAAAAGAAAAAUGAUAAAACUCUGCAUGGGCUGCCGACCUCCCCAGGUGAAAGAAAGACCACCC